UCUCCUAUUUGACCGACGAUCACGACUUGUCAAAACGACAACAUGCAUUUUAUCUUUUUCUGAAGUGAAAGCUACACAAUAUCACAUCUAAGGAGAAUACUAAAGAUGAAUAUAGGAAAGAAAAUGAAUGUGAUAGAAAUCAAGAGGUACCAGUCAGAGUUGUAUGAAAGCAUAAUGAGCAGGGAUGCUGACUGUAUGGAGCUUGUCAAGAAAUAUGAAGAGCUCAUCGAAAAAGAAAUUGAAAUUAGUGUUGGUUCACGGUGUAGAUGUGGACUAGAAAUUGAGCACCAUUUUAUACAGGAGCCUCACCAGUCGAAACCAAUGAUUGACAACAUUUCAGAGGUAAUACGCCGUGGGGAGUGUAAAUGUCCCUAUAUUGGUUCUGGUGAUCACAAAGUUUCAGUUGUGAAGUUGACAUUUCUUCAUAUAGCUGCCUCUGCUAAUAAUGUAGAACUGUUGCGACUGCUUGCAUCCCAUGGCUGUAUGUUCAAACAACAAACAACAUUGUUGAAACUUUCACCAUUUUACAUAGCUGUGACUCUGAGAAAUGCAGAAGCAGCUGAUUUCCUCCUCACACAGGAUAUUGAUGUUAAUGCUGUUUGUACUACCGAAAAAAUAACAGCUUUAAUGCGGGCAGUGCAACAGAAGAAGAUAACACUGGUACGAAACAUUUUAAAACUGCCUGGUGUGAAUGUCAAUUCAAAGAGUGCUAAUGGAGACACACCAGCCUCUCUAUGUCUUCGUUGGCAAAGUAAAGAGAUAUAUGACAUGCUGAUAGAUGCUGGAGCAGAUGUCAACGGCACGAGCAGAAACGGUGAAACUAGUCUACUCAUGAUCGCUGCCACUAAAGGAAUGGACUAUGUUUCCAAACUGCUUGAAAAGGGUGUGGAUGUUGAUUAUAGAAAUCCUCGCAAUGAGACAGCUCUGCACUUUGCUGUGUAUGUUGGUAAUGCUAAUGUGGUAAAAGCUUUAUUGGAUGCUAACGCCGAUCCAAACAUUCGAUUGGCUGGUGAUCUGAUGACUCCCAUAGUUGUCGCUGCCAAUCAAGGUGAAACUCAUGUGGUGGAAGUUCUCGCUAAGGGUGGUGCAGACGUUAAUUUGAGCUCUCUUCAGGGAUAUAAUGCAGUGCACAUGGCAGCGUGGAAUCGUCACACAGCCAUGCUGAAAGUAUUGUUAGAAUGUGAAGGGGUUGAACACGACAAGGUCACAUGUGACAAAAAUUCUCCACUUGGAUUGGCUUGUCACGGUGACCACCCAGCGGCAGUAGAGAUGUUGUUACCACUGGGUUGCAAUGUUAAUAACCAGGAUAAAGACAAUGACACUGCCCUGUUGUAUGCUACAUACAAUGGUAUGACAGAUACGGUGAAAUUACUUCUGGAAUAUGGAGCAGAUCCUGACCUUAGAAGUUCUAUUAAUGUCUCACCUUUAUGGAAUGCUGUAUAUGGAAACCACAAGGAGAUUGUGAAAAUACUUCUCGGAAUAAACGUGCGAAUGGAGGUGAAUAGCAUUGGCACUAACCAGCAUUCCCACAGUAAUUCCCCAGUACCGCUGUUCAAUUCUCCAAAGACUACUCUGUUCCUAGCUGUGUACAAGAACUGCAUAGAUAUUGUAUACCUACUGCUCUCAGCAGGAUACAACAUUAACGCAGAGGAAUGGCUUCACAGGGGAGAAGUUCCUGAGCUAGAAGAUCAAGCAAACAUUGUGACAAUGUUGAAAAAGAAGGCUUGCCAACCUCCUCGUCUCAUAUCUGUCUGUCGUAACUAUUUCAGGAGCUAUGGCAAUCCACGCCAGAUAAAGAAACUGGUACAUGGCCUUGGUCUACCGAGAUAUUUAAAAAAUUAUCUUUUGUUGACUGAGUUAUUGACAGAGUCUUGAAAAAAAAAGUACAAGGAAACAUGUUUCUUUUGUGCCUAGCUGUCUUCUGCAGCACAAUAUGACUGAUUAUUUGUUCCUGAUUAAAGUCUGCUAUGGUUUUUAAAGAAAUGAUUUUUCUUUUUUGUUGUUUGCUGAUGUGUAAACUGCAUUUUUUAAAAAAAUAAUAUUUUGAAUUACAGGUGUUAG